GCUAUAAAAUGAAGGAACUUACAGUAGUUGGGACGCAUUUUCAAGCCGGAGUUCCCUUUGUGAACUCUCAUACACAGACUUCAUCCAGACCAAUGCUUUAACAACACUCCUUGUACAGAGAGAUACAUCGUUUGGUCUCAUUCCCAAGCUGAAAAACAAUUCAUCUGGCUGAUUUCGCCGGGUAGACACACAGCAGAGCCAUGGCAGGGGACGGGACAGACCAGCGGGCGCUGCAGUAUGAGCAAACUCUGAUGUAUGGGCGCUACACCCAGGAUCUGGGGGUGUAUGCCAAAGAGGAGGCAGCUCGGCUGAGGGAGGGCAGCCAGAGGCGAUCGGUCAGCGAACGAAGCCGAACCCUCGACCUGCUGGAGUAUGACAAGGGACGAUGCGCCAAGUGUCGCAUCUGCACGGUCCGCUGUCAGAAGUUCCUGAUCUCGCGGGUCGGCGAGGACUGGAUCUUCCUCAUCCUGCUGGGACUCCUCAUGGCUCUGGUCAGCUGGGUGGUGGACUUCUGCAUCGCCAUUUGCCUACAAGCACAGAAGUGGAUGUACGGUGGUCUGGACAGUAAUGUGUUCCUGCAAUAUCUGGCCUGGGUCACCUACCCUGUAGUUCUCAUCACUUUCUCCGCCGGCUUCACCCAGAUCCUCGCCCCGCAGGCCGUUGGUUCGGGUAUUCCAGAGAUGAAGACCAUUCUGCGAGGAGUGGUGCUGAAGGAAUAUCUGACCUUCAAAACUUUUGUGGCCAAAGUCAUCGGGCUCACCUGCGCUCUGGGCAGCGGCAUGCCCUUGGGCAAGGAGGGUCCAUUUGUACACAUCGCCAGCUUGUGUGCUGCUCUCCUCAGCAAGUUCAUGUCUCUGUUCGGAGGAAUCUAUGAGAAUGAGUCGAGAAACAUCGAGAUGCUGGCUGCAGCCUGUGCUGUGGGAGUCGGCUGCUGUUUCGCCGCCCCGAUAGGCGGUGUAUUGUUCAGUAUCGAGGUAACAUCUACGUUCUUUGCGGUGAGGAACUACUGGAGAGGUUUCUUUGCUGCUACCUUCAGUGCCUUCAUCUUCAGAGUACUGGCUGUGUGGAACAGAGAUGAGGAGACCAUCACAGCCCUUUUCAAAACCCGCUUCCGUCUCGACUUCCCCUUUGACCUCCAAGAGCUUCCUGCCUUUGCUGUCAUUGGAAUUGCCAGUGGUUUCGGCGGAGCUUUAUUUGUCUACCUGAACCGUCUGAUUGUCCAAUUCAUCAGGAAACAGAAGGCUAUCAACAAGUUCCUCAUGAAAAAGCGUCUGCUGUACCCAGCCUUGGUCACUCUACUUGUUUCCACGUUAACAUUUCCCCCUGGUUUUGGACAAUUUAUGGCUGGCAGGCUGACCCAGAAGGAGUCUCUGGUGACGUUGCUGGACAACCGGACGUGGGCCAAGCAGGGCAUCGCCGAGGAGUUUGACUACAUCAGCCACUCCCAAGCCUGGAAGCACCCGCAGGUCAACGUCUUCGUCACCCUGGUCCUCUUCAUCGUAAUGAAGUUCUGGAUGUCAGCCCUGGCUACCACCAUCCCAGUGCCCUGUGGAGCUUUCAUGCCAGUAUUUGUCAUUGGGGCAGCGUUUGGUCGUCUGGUUGGAGAGAGCAUGGCAGCCUGGUUCCCAGAUGGCAUCCACACAGAUGGCACCAUCUACCCCAUAGUGCCAGGCGGCUACGCUGUAGUGGGUGCGGCAGCCUUGUCAGGAGCAGUCACCCACACAGUUUCCACAGCAGUCAUCGUGUUUGAGCUGACCGGCCAGAUCUCCCACAUCCUGCCGGUGAUGAUAGCAGUGAUCCUGGCCAAUGCUGUGGCCCAGUCCCUCCAGCCCUCCCUCUACGACUCCAUCAUCAGGAUCAAGAAGCUGCCCUACCUCCCAGAACUUGGCUGGGGACACCAUGAGAAGUACAACAUUCGUGUGGAGGACAUCAUGGUGAGGGAUGUGAGAUACAUCACUCUCAACUGCUGCUACCGAGACCUGCAUGACGUCCUGCUGACGGGCCACCUCAAGACCCUGGCUCUGGUGGAAUCAGCCGAGUCCAUGAUCCUGCUGGGCUCCAUCGAACGUGCUCAGCUGCAGUCGCUGCUCUCCCAGCAGCUGGGUCGCCCUCGGCGGCUGGAGUACAUCAGGGAGCGCGCCGCCGCUGAGAAGAAGCGCCUGUCGGUGGUGUCCAACCCGGGCAGCGAGGACGGCAGCCAGCGGGCCAAUCACGAAGUCCGCUUCCAGAUUUCCACUGAGGAGUCGUCCUUCAGCCCUACCCGUCCUGUUCCCCAGAAGCCUCUCAAACCUGCACUAAAGAGACCGUCUGUGGUGGACCGACCGACGGAGAUCCCCACCAGCCAACAGGAUAAUUCGGGCAUCGCUUUGAAGAACCUGUUCUGUGCCAACCCAGAGACAGAAGGCAUGGAGGACGAUGGAGACGUGGAGGACGACAUGACCAUUAGAGAGAUCGCAGAGUGGGAGGAGCAGCAGCUUGAUGAGCAGGUCAACUUCAACAACUGCAAGAUCGACCCCGCCCCUUUCCAGCUGGUGGAGCGCACGUCGCUGCACAAGACCCACACCAUCUUCUCCCUGCUGGGCCUCGACCACGCCUACGUCACCAGCAUCGGACGCCUCAUCGGAGUCGUUUCCCUGAAAGAGCUUCGCAAGGCCAUCGAGGGCUCAGUGACGGUGAAGGGCGUCAAGGUUCGCCCCCCUCUCGCCAGCUUCCGGGACAGCGGCACCAGCAGCAGCGAGAAUGAGGCCACCGAGCUCCACAAGCUGUGGGAUCGCCACAAGAGCAUGUCGCUGCCCCGCGAGCACGUCCCCUCCGACUCCGACGAGAAAUCCCAGUGAGGGCAAAGUGGAGGAGGAAGAGGAGGAAGAAGAAGAGCAGGUGGAGGGAGAGGAAGAAGAGGAGGCAAAUUUGCUUUUCUUCAACCCCGCAAAGCCACAAACAUGCAAAAAUCCUCAGGGCUUGGAUCGAUAUUUAAUUCUGGAAAGAGUUCUCUUCUACUACUACUACUCCAGUCUCCUCGUAACACCUCUCCCCCCCCACUCCUCUACUCCCUUUCCUCUCUCUUUCCACCAUCCCUGCCCUCGCUUUAUGAACUACCCAGUGUUUUCUCCAGGAGCCUUGCACUGACCAAGCCAGACACUCCAUGGGAGAAUUGAACACAGCUUAACCUGUGCCCUGCUCUCCCCUUGACCUUGGGAAUCCACAGCAGAGCGAAUGUGGUUGUGGACGGGGGCAAAACGAAAGAGUUUAAAGUUGGGGUUGGAGGGAGGGGGUUUACAAACCUACAUGGGAUCGGGGAUGGGUUAACUCUUUCAAAAAGGGAUGUAACUUUUUUUAAAUCAGACUUUGUUUAGCUUGUCUGUCUUGGUUUGUUCAAAGUUGCGAUCAAAGUUCGAAUCGACGGGACCUGCAAAAGUUUCCUUUUUAAUGAGUCUUCCAUUUGCAUUAAGAAAUUCAGCAGUGGCAAGAAGGAAGAGUUAUUUCUGUCCGUACUGUACGUGUGAAUGUAUGUAUUGCGAGAAUGGUUGGGUGUGUGCAUGUGCUUGGAUGAGGGAGGUAGCAAAAGGUGUGAUUGCCUUUAUGAGAAACAUUUCAGUCUUAGCAUUUCAACUCUGUGAUUAUUUUAUCGCCAUGUUCAUCAGGUGGUCUGGGUGUAACUGGAAUUUGGAAUCGCCAAAUUCCAUGUCAAAUUUGUUCAAUACACUUAACGUCCAGUCCCAUUGACAAAGAUUGGACUCACAUGGGGACAGUUGCCUUAGUUAUCUGUAUUUUCUUGUUUUUGCACCAGUUCAUCACUAUUCUUCAUUCUUUAUCCUUUUCUUCUCAUCUCAACACUGACAGUCUUGAUGGUCACGCUGAGAGAAUAGUCUAUGCAAGCAGGCAUGCCUGUCGAUACGGGCGAAAACGUCUGUAGCGCUCUCGUAAUGUACACUCCUUUCAUAGCUCGAGGCUUACAUACAAAGACACACACACAGACACACACACACACAAAUAAGACUGAGGCUUCACACUCCUAGAGACGAGGUUUUCUCUAAAUAUAGCCCUUAAUAACCGUUAGAGAGAGUGUUGGGCGGCCGGAGAGGACAGGGAGCGAGGGACGGAGGAAGAAUAGGCAACAGCGAGCAAAUGGACGGCUGAAAACAAUGAAGACGUCGUUACCUAACCAGCCGCUCCGGGCAUUUUCAUCAAUCUGUCUUUGAUCGCCACGUUAGUUACAAUCCAAGGCACACUGGUCCCCACCAGCCACAUGACGUCAGGGUCCAGGGCUGAGGCUAACGCAGCAUCGAGCUCAGCUCGUCCUCGGCAUUCACAGCGCAGCACGAGCUGACGAUAUCGGAGCGGGAAAUGGAUUGAUUCAUGCAGACCAAUCGCCCUACUGACCUGAAGCGUAGCCCAGAGAGAAAGAAGCCUAAAGGAAAUCUAUAGCUGGACAAUAGGGAACAGGCACAGAUGUAUUUUAACUAUUUAAAUGUGCUGCAGAAUCAAUCCGAUUGACCGUCUCUUGCUGAAUAUUAUAACUCCAAGUUGCAGUUCCAGCCAACGUCCAGUGCUGUCGAAGAUGGCCGAGAGAUCAAACAAGGGAUUGGAGCCAUUAAUGAUUUAGUGUCAGGGUGGUUUCUGAUUCAGCUAGUAUUCUGACAUGACAGAUGUGGUAUAAGUACUAUGUAUUUAAUAAUUCAUGAUGUCUGCCAUAAUGCUUGAGGCUUGUCAGCGUGCUCCCUGCUUAUCGACAGAAAAGCAUCGAUUUGUUUCCUCAUUCUUCCGUCCCUCCAUUUCUUUCCCUCUUCCUCUUCACUAAUGCUGGCAUGUCUGACCUGAAGUACUUCCUUCAAGACACACUCUUUAUUUUUUAUUAUUAUUGUUAUUAUUUUUUUAACCAUACAAGGAUGUCUUCUAAUGCUCAGAGAAUUGCUCUACUGUUCGGAUGCCUUAAAUACGCACUCAUCCAAACUUCAUUUCAGCCAAUUGGAUGCCUUGCAUGGAUUUUAUUUUUGGUGGCGUGUAGUCUUGCCCCCCGCCACUGAAAGUAGAAUACACAUGACACGCACACACACCGUAUUAAUACACAUCACACACACACAUGUAAAACAGCAUGGCUUUGCAUGAAGAAAGAAGUGCAUGUGACCUUGAAAGCUGCAGAUUUUUUUUUUUUUUUUAUCUGAUCAAAAUGUAUGACCAAAAACAAAUGUUUGACGAGGAACGAUAUGGGAAGAAUGAAUGAUGUUGUGUACUGUUUUAUUUCAACGGAGUCAUCAUGUGCCUGUGUAUUAUAUAUGUUAUGUAUAUGUGUUUUUAGUCUCUUAUUUUGUAUCUUUAGUGUCAAAUUAAGAUUCCACGUUGAUUGGCAUCUUCCAUUCAUCCAAUGAGCUUUAAUCAUUGUCUGACUUUGAACAGGGGGUGGGGUCUCUACUUUUAUGAUCAUAGAUUUGACAGAUUAAUAUAUUUAACACCAUCGCUGUAAUAUAAGAUCUUAAUUUAAUGUCUAACUAAUCCUACAUUGUUGACUUCCAGAAUGCUCUUUUUCAAAGAGAUUUUGGGCGCAUCUAUUAUGUUGUUCAUUCUGUUAGUUUCUCCUCAUGUUUGAUUUUUUUAUUUGCCUUCAUGUCCUUACUGUUUUUAUUUUCUUUAUGGUGACAUGGGAUAAUAACCUUUUUUUGAGUUUGUACAACGCAACAAACACUAACGGAGCAAAGACUGGUGAUGACAAAAAAAUGAGGUAUGGUCCAGUUUUUUUGUUUGUUUGUUUGUUUGUUUGUUUGUUUGUUUGUCUUUUUGGUGAUUUUGAUGCCGAGUAUUGAAGGUACCAGUGACAUGUUCAUUCCACAAGUGCCUGCAUCAGCUCCUCCUCUUUAUCAAUGGGAUUACGCCACCCAAGUCUUUGGAUUUGGUUUUCUAGUCGCACACACAUACAUGUAGACGAGGCACUUUUCAGACACACACACGUGCGUGCGUGCACAUGCAUGGAGUUGACGCCGUGUGUUCGCCCGGUGUGCAGUUAUCACCAUGGCAACCUGUCACCGUCAACCCCCCCAUCCUCCCUCCCUCACCCCACCCCAGCUGCUAGCCCUAGGGACCGACUGAGAUCCACUCAUCUGAUUUGGUUCUGUUCAUUUGUUUUUGCUCUCCAUCGAUUUUCAUUACUCUGCCUUCUGCCAGAGCCUCUCUUCCUCACCGUCGACGUGUCAGAGUUUUUCAUCUCAUUUGCUACCAGAUAGAUACAGACCAAGGCAGGUGCAUAUUUAUUACUCUCUAUUAAUCAAAGUAGAAGUUGUGGUUUUUCUUUUUUGGUUUGUUCUGUUUCUUUGUUGUUGUUGUUGUUUUUUUAUGAAUGAUCUAUCUGUCUGUAAUCAACUUGUGCAAUAACGAUUGUUCAUCUCAUUUUGUAACCCACUUUUAAUUGAUGACUUGACAUGAAUGCGAGAUAACCUUAUUUUUGUAAAGAAACCUGAAAAGUGUAAAAAGAUGUAUGUAUAACGAGGAGAACGGACGCGCACACGGGAGCUCGUGUGUGAUAAAGACGAAAAGGGCCGUGUGUGUUUUUGUACGAUGGCCGACCCAACGUGGUUGAGGCAGAGGGGAAGGUUUCCCAAACGUGGCGGUGAAGGAGGGGGUUCGCUGUUCUCCUCACCAUCACCUCCACCGGAGAAAGACAACAUGACUGUAGGAUCAGGCAAUCUCACAAAGCAACAGAAUUUACAUGAAGGCACCGCUGCACUUUUAGGAACUGUUUAGCUGUCGUUUGAACGAGAGAAACGGCCGACUCUCCUCCCGUGGCUUUGGGAAACCUACCCCGUUUGGUCUUAAAAGGCUCUUUUGAGGAUCCUGCUGCUUAGACUGUAGCUGGCGCUCUUACAGAAGUCCCCUUAAGCACUGAUGCUGAGUCAGUUUUAUCAUGUUCCUGCAGUCGAUAAGACCUGAUCCCCACAUCAGCUGCUGAGGGAUAUCUUUUAUCUACUCCUUAGGGCUCUUAGGGACUGUACAUUGUACAUACAGUAGGCCCCCACUUCACUGAACCAUGAGGGCCAAACCAGACAGAGAUGAACAAAAUCCUGAGCUAUUUUUCACACAAACGAAUAAAACAAUGUUUUGUAUAUCAGGGAUGAAUAAAGGAGAUUUUAACAAA